AUGGAGGCUAGUAAAAGACUUCGUUUCGAUGUCAUCGCUCUCCAGGAAACAAAAGCAAAAGAAACAGCUACCAGGAAGACCAACGAUGGCCACCUAAUUGUUCUCGGAGCCAAACUGAGCGGAAGAAAUGUCGGUGGUGUUGGAUUCCUCGUCCACCAUCGGCUCGAGCACAUGGUCGAUUCAGUCGAAGUGAUCGGCCCGCGACUGGCCAUCCUACGUCUACGCAUCGACAAGCGCACUUUCGUUAGUAUUAUCAACUGCUAUGCACCGACGUCAGCUACGGACGAAGAAAAGGACGCGUUCUACAAGGAAUUGGAGGAGAUGAUAAAAAGGGAACGGUCCUACUACAAAUAUGUUGUCGGAGACUUUAACGCAGUCAUCCAUGAGGAAAUGCCAGCGACAGCGCAUUGGGCCACACGGAACCGGAGAAACAAACGAGAACGGCGAACGUUUGAUGGACCUCUUAGAGCAAUGCAAUCUCUUUCACGGAAACAGCUUCUUCACGAAAAAAGAGGAUCGGCGACGUGGGAGAGUCCGAAUGCCACGACUCACAGCGAAAUCGACCACGUUCUCACUAACAGGAAGUGGAGUCUGCUCGACGUCAGCGUGGUGGAUGCAUUCCGCACUGGGAGCGACCAUAGGCUGGUCAGAGCAAAAUUCGUCUCCGAGCGAGAAUCCGAAGACGCGACUUCUUCCGACCUCCUCCCAUACGGCUGCCACAUUACGACACAAACGCCAUGGAGACGGCCGCCGCUCACUACACGUGGCAGGAGGCGCAAGACUUGUCGCAAGACUAUACCAUGCUCAUAG